GAAAUGAUUCGUAUGACUUUAUUUUGGCUUGUGUUCAGCUUCCGGUGAUCGCAGCGCAGAAAUUGGCGGAUAAAUCUGCGCCAUGGCUUCGUCCAGCGGCCCAACAGAGGCAGCAGGAAGAAGGGGCAGCUUUAUUUUUGAUCAACCAAACAUGUCUAUGAGACUGGUGCUGGUGGGAAUGACCGGAGCAGGUAAAAGGUCCUCUGGAAACACCAUCCUGGGCAGAAAAGCCUUCAGAGUCGCCAAAAGCCCUUCAUCUGUAACUAAAGAGUGCUCGAAAGAGACAGAAAAUGUGGCUGGAAGAGAAGUCGCGGUAGUAGAUACACCGGGCAUGUUUGACACUGACAUUACAGAGGAGGAGCUUCUGAAACAGAAGAUCAGUAAGUGUAUAAACAUGACGGCACCUGGACCUCACGCCAUCAUCCUGGUCAUUAAACUGGAAACGUUCACUGAAGAAGAGAGACUCUCAGUGGAGAAGAUCAGAGCCGUAUUUGGAGAAGAAGCAGAUAAACACACAAUCGUCCUCUUCACUCACGGUGACGAACUGACCGGCUCCGUUGAAGAAUUCACUGAAGCCAACGAGGCUCUGAAGGAAAUCCUGAGUCGCUGUGGAGGAGGAUAUCACGUCUUCAAUAAUAAAGACGUGGAGGAUCAGAGUCAGGUCUUGGAGUUCCUGCAGAAAGUAGACGCUGUAGUCGCCGCUAAUGGAGGUGAAUAUUACACCAGCGACUCUUACCAGGACGUGGAGAACAUGAUGAAAACUAAACCAGAGCAACUGAAGAAGCUGUAUGAGAAGAAAUUACAAGACAUAGAGAGACAACUGGAGGUCAGAUUUGCUGAAGAGAUGAAGAAACUACAAGAGAGAAUAGAGACACUGACAGUAUCUGAGCAAGAGAAAGAAGAGAAGAUCAAAGAACUGGAACGACUGAACAAAUGUGAAAUGACUGAGUACAAACGAUAUUAUAAAUCUAAGAUCAGAGAGGCCAGACAGGAGGCAGAACAGACCUAUACCCAUCCGAAUAUAAUAAAAAAGAUCUUUCAGAAGUUUCUCAAAAUCAAAUCUUAAUCACCUUCUCACAAUAUGUAUAUCUAUACAUGUUAAUGCCAGUCAAACACGUCUGAAGCAGCUGAACAUCAAGGUGUUCAGGAUUGCUGUUUAAUUCCAGACAGGUGUGUUGGAGCAGCAGCUCUCAAUAGGCAGGGUUGGAAACCCCUGCUGUACAGUAUGUGUAACAUUUGUAAUAUGUGUAUAUAUGUACCAUUGAACUAACAUUUAUCAUAUAAUGUACCAUUUAUCUGUGUACUGCAUAGAGUCUACAGCAGCGGUUCUCAAUCACUUCAGAGGUUUGUUCUCUUUAAUCGUAAGUGGACUGAACAGGAUAUUCCACCAUGAUGUUCCGUUUAUAGAGCAUUCAUAGUGCUGAGACGCCAAUUUACGUUGUAUUGAUUUAUAGACGUAUAUUAUGUCACACUUCAUAUUUCUCGAGGACUGGAAUUGAGAACCAGUGGUCUACAGUAAUCCCAAUAUUUCUUGUAAAUAAGCAUUUGUACUGUAAAUAAAGAAC